GCGUUGGCCGAGAUAACGGCUUGGGUGGAUGACCGUCUUGAACUGUUUCGUGUCUACGUGUCUGAAGACAACUGGACGGAGGCCGCAGCAAUCCAAAAUCAUUUUUCGGCAUCACACGAGUCCUUCGUGCGAGUCUACCAGUUGAUCUUGCGUCAAGAUGUCGCGAAUGCGCUCCGAGCCUCA